GCUGCCAUAGCUGCUGUCCCGUGUCCCCGCACUGGGACCCACCGCAUCGCCUGCCCCGGGAGCGCCGGGGGGACACCGGAGGGGCCCGGGCUGAGGGCAGGAGCCCCCGGCCGCCGCCAGGGUCCGGCCUGCCCGGGACGGCGCUGAGCACCACAUGAGUGUGGGAGCAGCAUGGCCAGCGACGCGAGGAUGGGGGAGCCCCCGGCGCGGUGGAGAAGAGCUCCGGAGGCCGCGCAGGACUCCCGGGGGAUGGAGAGCAGCGCGAUGCUUUUAUCCCGAAACGCCGCCGCCGAGCUGGGACUCCAGGGCUACCCGGAGCCCGCCAAGCUGAGCUACGGCGUGGAGAAAGGAUGUCCCUGGAGAGGCUCCGAGGGAUAUUUGGGACCCGUCCGGGAGCUCUCCGGUGGCCGCCUGGGCUGCCCGUACCCAGCGGCGCCUCCGUGCCUGCGGGACUCCCUGUGCCGCCCCAAGGACGGAGCCGAGCUGCCCCCGCUGCCGCCCCCUCGGAACGGGCAGCCCAAGGCGGGCUGGGGGGAGCCGUGCAAGGAGCGGCCGCGCUGGGCCGAGGCCGUGCUGGCCCCGCUGGCCCUGUACAGCCACGCGUACCACGGGUACCCUCUGCCCCCGCCGGGGCCGGGCACCGCCGGCAAGCCCCGCACCGCGGCGGGGGACGCGGCCGGAGAGCCGCCGGCUUUCCGCCACUGCCCGUUCCUGGUGGAGGCCAAGCACAGCCCCUUCCUGCUGUCCUCGCUGCUGCCCGCCGGGCCCCCGGCCGAGCCCCCGUUCGAGGGGCCGGGGGGUGACGGGCGGUUCGGCGCUGUGGACUGGCGGCUCGGCCCCUACGCACCCGCUUGGGGACAGCCCCUCUACCUGGGGGUUCCCCCGCGGUGCAAGGCGGCUCUGAGUCCCUUCGAUGACUGCUCCGGCUCAGGGAACAAGGAGUUUUACGCCAAGAAAGAAGCCGCGUUCCACCCCUCGAGCAAGAACCACGCGGGCUCGCAGCUGCUGGGCAAGAGCCAAGCAGGGCACGACAGAGACGGGGAGGGGGAGCCGGCGGUGCCGGAGCUGCCGAGAGCCCCGUGGAGGGACGGCCGGGCGGGGGGCAGCUCGGCGGUGCCCGCUCCCCAUCCCCGCACGCCUCCCUCCGGCGCCAGCCACCCCCUCUUCCUCCUGCAGCCCGGCUCGGGGGGCUGCGGGGGGCCCUGGGUGGGCUCACGGCGCCACGGCGCCGAUUUCUCCAUGGACACGGGGCCGGGCCGGCCCUCGGAGCCCAAAGAUGAGCGCCCGGGCUACCAAAGCGCCCGGCCCGGCUCGCCCCGGGGAUGCGCGGAGCCCAACCCCUCGGACGGGCACUACCCGGCGGCUCUCGCCAAGCCCGAGCCGCCCCCGGCCUGUCUGUGCCCCAGCCCGGGCUGCGAUGGGUGCCCGGGGGUGGGCUGCGGGGUGCCCACCGCCUUCGAGCCCACCCUGGGCACGGCCGGGGGGCGUUUCCCGUGCCCCCCCAGCAACCACACCAAGCUGAAGAAGACGUGGCUGACGCGGCACUCGGAGCAGUCGCUGCCUCCUCGCUCCAAAGCUCCCCGGCGGGACGGGGGUCCCGAGCCCCCCGGGGAGGGCAAGCGCUCGGCCAAGCGCCCCCACGGCCCCGCCGAGGGUCCCCGCGCCGCCGGCGAGGGCGCCGGGGCGGCCAAGAGGGGCACCAAGGCCACGGCGUGCCCGGGGAACGGCGCGGAGAGCGCGGGGGACCCCGAGGAGAGGAGGAUGGAGCUGGGAGACGGAGAGCUGCCGAGGCGUGCGGAGGAGCGGCGGUGCCUGCAGAGCCUGCCCUGCACGGCGCUGCCCCCCGGCAUCCCCCGCUGCUGCGCCUGCGGCCCCCGCGCCGGGGGGGACCCCGAGGGCCGGGAGGACGAGGAGGAGCCCCCCGAGAGCACCUGCAGGCUGAUGCACUUCCGCAGGUUCUCCCUGGGUGACAACGGCGAGCUGAGCGUCGAUGGCCUCUGCACCCUGGGGGAGGCCGAGGGGGAAGCGGCCGGCCCCGAGCCGGGGGGCAGGGACGUGUGGGGCAGGAAUUUGGGGAGCAGGAACGUGGGGAGCAGCCUCUGCCUGGCCAAGUACCUGCUGGGGGUCCUGGGGGACCCCUUCUGCGCCGCCGUCCGCAGGGACAGGGACACAUGGCCGGGAGCCCCCGGCGGGCCCGAGGGGGUGACGGGCUGGAGGCGGGGGGAAGGAGCGCCCCGGCUCUGUGACUGCUGCCAGCGUGGCUUCUUCAACUCCCACUGGAGCUGCGCCAGAUGUGGCUUCCAGCUGUGCCCCGACUGCCACCGCAGCAGGCGGGAGGACAGCGGCCCUGAGGGUCCUGUGCCAGCACCUGAGUGCACCCCCGGGCGGGACCACCCCGUGUCAUCGCUGGUCCCCACGCAGUUCGUCCCCACCUGUGUCCUGACCCGGCUCUGGAAGCUCCUGCACGAGGUCAGGGUGAAGUUUGGCAUCGAGUCCCGCUGUCCCUGCGGGGAGGGGAGCCUGGCGGAGCCCCCGGGCAGGCAGGAGCCGCCGGGUGCCGCAGUGCCCACGGUGCCACCCCACAGCCACGGCCCAGCCCACCCCGCCCGGCCCAUCAAGGAAGCAGAGAGCCCCGAGGGGGGGCCGCCAUCCCCGGGGCGGCCCCCGGCGCGGGGGGCGGCCGUGCAGACCACCACCCUCUGCGACCUGCUGGCCUCCACGGCCGUGAAGCUGUGCCUGGGGCAGGACGGGGUGCGCAUGGCCUUCGCCCCCGUGGCACCGGCGCUGCCCAGCGAUAAUCGCCUGACCAGCAUCCUGGACAGCAUCAUCGCCCGCGUGGUGGAGAGGAAGAUCCAGGAGAGGCAGGCGGGGGCCGAGCUGAGCCCCCCCAGCUCCCCGGAGCCCCCCGCAUCCCACUGCGUCCUGGCCCCCAGCGGGCUGCUCUGGCUGCACGACCCCGGCCACGCCAGCAACUAUAAACUGUUCCAGGAGCACUGGAGGCAGGGCCAGCCCGUGCUGGUUUCAGGGCUGCAGAAGAGGCUGGAGGGGCGGCUGUGGGCGCCCGAAUCCUUCCAGCGCUCGGGGGAGGAGGAGGAGGUGGAGGCGGUGAACCUGCGGGUACCGCGGAGCCGAGUCCGGAUGAGCAGCCGGGAGUUUUGGGAUGGCUUUGCCGCCAGCACAGCGUCCCCGCAGCACGAACAGGGCAGCGGGGACCUGCUGAAGCUGGAGAGCGCCUUUGGGGACACGGAGCUGAGCCGGGCCACCAACCUGCGAGCCAGCCUGCCCCUGCCCGAGUACUGCGGGGCCAGCGGCCGCCUCAACCUGGCCACCUACCUGCGGGGCCAGCGGGGCCGGCGCUGGCUGCGCCCGCGCCUCCGUGUGGCCUACGGUGUGCGUCCGCAGGAGCGGAAUUUCGGGACCAAAAACCUGACGGUGGAGGCGGCCGACUCCAUCAGCGUCCUGGCCCACGCCGAGCCGGCACCGCGGGAGCCGCUCCUGCCGGGGGAUGUGGACGAGCUGGACGCGCCGCUGCGGGAGCGGCUCCGGGGCGGCGGCGGGCCCGGGGCUCUGUGGCACAUCUUCCGCGCCGAGGACGCGGGGCGGAUCCGGGAUUUCCUGCGGAAGGCAUCCCAGGAGCCGGGGCAGGAGGGGGCGGCCUCGGCGGAGCCCCCCGGCCGCUACCUGGACCCCGCCCUGCGGCGGCGGCUGCGGGACGAGUGCGGGGUGAGCGGCUGGAGCCUCCUGCAGCUCCCGGGGGACGCCGUGCUGGUCCCCGCCGGGGCUCCGCACCAGGUGCAGAGCCUCAGCGGCACCAUCAGCGUGGAGCAGCAGUUCCUGUCCCCGGAAAGCGCCGUCCGCCUCCGGGACCUCGGCCCCGACCCCGCCGGGACCCCGCGGCAGCUCCGCGCCCAGCUGGACGGGAUGAUCUUCGCCGCCGUGCGGGAGGCCCUGGCGGUCCUGCGGGGCUGCAAGUGAGGCCAGGGCGCCGCGGGAGGACACCGGGAGCCCCGGUCACGGCCACGGCCACGGCCGGGACAGCGCAGGGAGCCGGGACCCGGCACCCUCUGCUCGGGGCUUUGUUCCGGGAGCUCCCGGGGGCGCUCGGGGCAGGAGCAAUAAAGUGUCCAGAGCAUGCCGGGGCCGCUGGCAGCACCAGCACCCACCUCGGUGUCUCCCUUUGUCACAGCGAGGUCCGGGGUGUGUCCCUUCACCCCUUCUCCAUCCCUUUGGGGUCAGGGGUGGUCUCCCUUCAUUCCCUUUCCAUCCUCUCUGGACCGAGGAUGCUCCAGCGUCACCAGCACCACCCCCCUUCCAUCCCAUCGGGGUCGGGGAUGCUCCGGUGUCCCGGGAUGGGGUGGCAGAGCCGGGGGGUGGCAGCGUGGCACGGCCCCCGCGCCACCCGUGGGAUGAGCUGUGCCCGGGCUCAGCCCCCCAG